GCUCCCCCUGCUCCUCGGCUCCUUUCUGCUCUCCAGUCCUGUGCGCGGGAGCGACAGCUCAGGUGAGUUGGCCGCUCUCCCCUCUCCGCAUCUCGUGGAUGUUGUUUCUCCCUCGGACCGUCUCUGCUCGGCCGGGCCCGCCCCGGCGAGAGGUGGCGGCGCCCAGGGGGGCGCUUGGCCGCGGGUACCGGCCCGGCCCUUCCCGGCGCUCCCGGUUGCUGCUGCCUCUCGCCGCGGGGUGCGGGUGCUGCCGCGGAGGGGCCGCGGGUGCGGCCGCAGGGCAGGUUUGCGCGGAGCCGGCCGGGGGGAAGCUGCAGAGGGGCACGGAGGAUGUCUGGGAACGCUUCCAGGCGAGGGUGAGAACACCUUCCUGGCACAAGGUGAAGCAGCGCCUUUAUGACAAACGUUCCAAUCGAGGAGAGUGCCGGUAGCAAGAGUGAGUGGGAGUGUGUUUUGUGUGUUAUAAAGGCAGUCGUACAGUGUUUGGUAAUUUGAGGAUUUCUGGCGUAUUUUAGACCAUGGAAUUUAAUUAAAACCACUUUCAACCUGCCCUGCAAUUAUUCUGACCCGAAAAGCAAAAGAACAUACUUAGGAUGCCUAGGAGGGUACUGCAGGGGCUGCCUGUUGUACCAUGCUCUAUUGGACUGCCUCCCUGCUGCUGGAGAGCAGGCUCUCCUGGAGCCAGAAUCAAUCCAUGGGAACCAGGAGCCAUAGGAAGCAGUUGAAGAAAUAAUGUGGCAGAAGGACACGAGCAGUUUGUCUGCCCCUUCCCGUGGAGUCUUUCACCAAGGGAGGACAGGAGCUACCAGAAGAAUGUGCUUCCAGAUGCAGGCCUGGCAGACAGAAGGUGCAUUAUAGAUGAAGUGCUGACAGUCUGGCAGGAGACAAAUGAAAAGUUUUCUGUGAUGCUUCCUCCAGGGUUGGAGAAGCCACUGUAACCUGAAGGUCAACAAUGAUGGAAGACAUUCAUCCCUACCUUUAAAUAUGGCUUAAAUCAGGAAGAAUUACAGUUUCUUUUCUCUGUACUUUGUUUUUAUAGGAUACCCUGGUGUAGUGUGUUUCUGUGAAGCUUGACGGGUGUGUGUCUUAACAGGAUUGGAUGAUGGCCAAUUUAUUAUGGUUCUGAAGGCCUAAUUUUCUGUCACAGAGCAUAGGUCUCUAGUCCUCAACAGAGUCCAGAAUGGGUAGGAGUCUAGGACUGAAUCCUUUAAGGGACAUAAGUUACACAAAUUGCAAGCUUAUAUUUCCUUCUUCCAAAAAUACUUGGAUUUAGAGUAUUGCAUCACAUAAGCAUCCAGAGAAAUGCCUCCACUGCUACUGCUGAAAUUUUUAAAUUCCAGUGAUUAAAACACGUGGGUUUUAUCUCAGUUACUUUAUAUAUAUACAUAAAUAAUCUCUUUGACAGUUUCUGCCAUGUUGAAGUAUAUUGGAUAGAUUAAAAAACAACCACCUUCUCCAAUUUUAAUAGUAAUAUCACAUAUGAAAUUUGUGAGAGUGAUUAGUAUGUAAGCUGGCAAAGAACUAUUUUAUAUUUUCUAGUAUUCAGAUUUCGUUAAUACAUUUCCCUGUUUGCGAUGGAAUGCUUGUGGUUUUAUGGGUUGAGUGGUUGAUGGUGCAUUAACAAAAAGGAAAGAAAUUCACUGCAGAGCUGAUAUAGUAAGUCUUAAUUGUGGUAGUAAAAAAAAAUGGCUUUCACUUUGAUACUGCACUUAACAUUUCUAAUGUUAGUCUCAGUUACAGAGUUAUGGCUUAUAGAAAACUGUACCUACCUACACAGAAAACCAAAAUUGUUGCUUUUGGAUUAACAAUGUUAUGUGCUUCAAAGUGUGUGUUUUUACCUCUGUGCUGAUCCAACUGAUGUAUAGACUGCUAAAACCCCUAGCUACGGUGUGUCAGCUCUUCAGUUUGCACAGCAGCCUGCUUCGCAUGCGUAGACAAGGAUGGUGACACCCUUUAGGCUGCCAGUGCAUUAAAAUCCCGUGGCUGGGCUACCAUGGAUUUCUGUGUUUUCAUUGCCAGGUAAAACACAGAAAGAUUAUUUUUUUCCCCUUCGUCUCCUGUGCUAUGCAAAAUAUUAGUCUUCCACAUGAUAGUAAUUAGUAAGUACUUGGUGAUGAGGGAAAUACAGAUCUCCAAGUGAUAAGGUGUUUGUUAACUAGACAUGUCUAAGUACUGUCUUUGUGUGCACAGCCGACCAAGGAAUUCAGUCAAGUACAGUACGUUAGAAACUACAGGAAUUAAAACUUCCUGGGGAGUCUUGCACUUUUAGAGGCUGGAAAAAUGUUGCAGGGUGCGUGGCACAAGCAAAGUUGUGAAAGCAGAGAGUACCAGUGGUGCUCAUUGCAGGAACUUCUCCAAGGAUUUCCAGCCUUACAGCUGCUGUUUAAUUCUGGUGCUCUUGCUAGUUGUCAUUUGGUGGAUAUCACUUGAUCAGUGCCCAGUAAUUACCAAAAACACUCGUGGAACUUUCAUGGAAGGAUUAGGGGACUUAAAACAGCAAAACAAAUCUACUUCUUUUAGCAUAACACCGAUAAUAUAGCACUUGUAACAAUGAAAAUAUGGAGCUUCUAGGUAUAAACAGUGGUGAUUCUGCUUGAUUUUUCUGUCUUUUGUUUUUAAGGCAAAUGUAUAAGAUUGAGCACAGAGAGGAUGUAGGUAGGUAAGACUAAGUCCUAAAAGAAACUUCUUUAUUUCUUAGAAUACUUGAGAAGCAGAUUAAAUCACUUUACAGUGUCUAGCUAGGUAGACAACUCUUAUCUUGAGAAGGGAAAAAUAAAGAAGUGCUUACUGCUUUCUUUUUUUUCUUAUUCUGGACUAUCUAGACAGAUUUAGCAUAUAUAAGUCCCAUCUUUGUGCUAACAGAUAGCAGCACAGAUUUUUCAGGAAGAUGUGAUUAGGUAGUUUUUCAGGAAGAUGUGAUUAGGUAGUUUUUCAGGAAGAUGUGAUUAGGUAGUUUUUCAGGAAGAUGUGAUUAGGUAGUUUUUCAUGAAGAUGUGAUUAGGUAGUUUUUCAGGAAGAUGUGAUUAGGUAGUUUUUCAGGAAGAUGUGAUUAGGUAGUUUAAAAUAGUUUCAGUAUAGCAUUAAUGGGAAUUAUAUAUAUUUAGUAGUAGAACUACAUGCAUGGUUGAUGAACGUAGGUAUUUGUUUAUGCAGCCAGAAUAAACAGACAUACUUCCCUGUACGUCUCUGACUGCAACUGCUCUGCUUUUCAGUUCCAAAGUCAGUGAGAUUAGCAGGAGGUGUGAUCUUUUCCAUCCCCGAUGAAGAACAGUGUGUGUUCCAAAUACUUUCAAAUACAAGCAGCAUAUGUUGGUGUCAGUAAACACCCUAGGGUAAGAGUGAAAACAAUGGGCAGGGAAGCGGGUAAGAGACAUAUCGCUGAUCCCUGAAACAUGCUCUCCUUGGGAUAUAAUGCUAUGGUGUAUGCAUUGAUACACUGGCCAGCCUCUGUCAGCUUUCAUCAUAAUAUUGUGAAACAGUAAUAUCCCAAAUGCAUACAGAAAAGGUUCUUGCACCUUCUAGUACUCAGCAAGGGCAAGAUGUGUCCUUAGGAAGUUCAGAAUAAACAGCCAGUCACGGGUUGGACUUAUGAUGCUGAAUUGGUAUUGAUCUAACCCUAAUUUGCUGUGCUACCAGACCAACUGAAUGUUCUGUCUUGUGUACUAAAAGGCUGGUAGUAACUCUCCAAGAUAAAAGACCUCUAUGUUUUCAAAGUGAAAAGCAUGUUUGUCAAGCAAAAUUGUAUACUGAUAUAAAUCUGUGUCUGCACACCUACACUGCACAUAGGCAAGAGCAGUGAAAGCUUAAUGAUGAUAACCUGAGGAGCAACUUCUAAGAAAAAAAGGCAGAGUUCUGUUUAAAAAAAAAAAAAAAUUCAUGUGCCUCAGCUGAAUAAAUAACUUUUGUCUCACUGUGUGAUUCUGAGAGUCCUUUGCACAACAAUUAAGAUGUAAACUUCAUUGUAAUGAAUUGAUAUCAAUGUUCUAGAUGUUACUGUACUACUGGAGCAAGAAGAUGGGUAUUCCUUUUUUUUUUUCUUUUUCCCCUGCACUGGCCUCGGUUGGAUUUAUUGCAGAAGCUAAGGGAAAUGCUGAAUACUGCUGUCAGCCUGCUUCAUGAAUACCACUAAAGAGAAGAUUCAGAAUUUCCUAAGUGAUUCAUAGAUGUCUUACGGCUGGAGAUUACUGUGGGGAUGUCAGAAUAAUUUAAUUUCUCCCACGGAGAGUGCCACCCAUGUCAGUGGUCCACCAGCCUUCCAAGCUGCCACUGCUAUCACGUGCUUUACAAGAGGACUUGACCUUAGAAAGGGGACAGAAGAUGUCCUUUGCCCAGCAAACUGUCCUCUGUGGCAAUUUUAUGUCUUUGGGGAUGGAAUUUAUGCUUCUCUCUCCAGUAUCUGUGGAGCUGCCAUACACAGGGGUGUGAUCACCAAUGCAGGAGGAGCUGUAAGGGUAAAGACUCUCCCAGGACAGGACAACUACCCUGCUGUAAAUGCCAACGGGAUCCAGUCUCAGGUGCUCUCUAGAUGGGCUUCAUCUUUCUCAGUGACUCCAGCUACCAAGGACACAGCACUUGAAGCAGUUGGACGAUCGGUAUCAACAGCACGUCCUUCUACAGGUAAAAGACCUAAGAAGACUCUUGAUAAAAAAGCUGGAAACAAAGACUGUAGAGCUGAUAUUGCAUUUCUCAUCGAUGGAAGUUACAACAUUGGCCAACGUAGGUUUAAUCUGCAGAAGAACUUUGUUGGAAAAGUAGCUGUAAUGUUGGGAAUUGGAAUAGAAGGGCCUCAUGUUGGAGUCGUACAGGCCAGUGAAUAUCCAAAAAUUGAAUUCUAUCUGAAAAACUUCACUGCUGCAAAAGAAGUUUUAUUUGCCAUAAAGGAACUGGGGUUCAGAGGAGGCAAUUCCAACACAGGAAAAGCUUUGAAGCACACAGCUCAGAAAUUCUUCUCUUUGGAAAAUGGAGCACGGAAAGGAAUUCCCAAGAUCAUUGUAGUGUUUCUAGAUGGCUGGCCCUCAGAUGAUUUAGAAGAAGCCGGCAUAGUGGCCAGAGAAUUUGGAGUCAACGUAUUCAUUGUAUCUGUAGCAAAACCCACAACAGAGGAGCUGGGAAUGGUACAAGACACUGGUUUUGUUGACAAAGCUGUCUGUCGAACCAACGGCUUCUUCUCUUACCAAAUGCCCACCUGGUUUGGUACUACCAAAUACGUAAAACCUCUUGUCCAAAAACUGUGUUCCCACGAGCAGAUGUUGUGUAGCAAGACAUGCUACAACUCCAUCAACAUCUGUUUCCUGAUCGAUGGUUCCAGCAGCGUCGGAGAGAGCAACUUCCGCCUCAUGCUGGACUUUGUCAGCAACGUCGCAAAGGCUUUUGAGAUCUCUGACAUCGGUUCCAAGGUGGCAGCUGUGCAGUUCACAUAUGACCAGCGCCCUGAGUUCGGCUUCACAGACCACGUCACUAAAGAAAAGGUCCUCUCAGCUAUCCGGAACAUUCGCUACAUGAGCGGGGGCACUGCUACUGGGGAUGCAAUUUCUUUCACGAUCAGAAAUGUGUUCGGGCCAGUGAAAGAUGGACCUAAUAAAAAUUUCCUCAUUGUUUUGACUGAUGGUCAGUCUUAUGAUGAUGUUAGAGGACCUGCUGCAGCUGCACAAAAAGCAGGAAUAACAGUCUUCUCUGUCGGUGUUGCCUGGGCACCUCUGGAUGAUCUGAAAGACAUGGCUUCUGAACCAAGAGAGUCUCAUACUUUCUUCACCAGGGAGUUCACAGGAUUGGAGCAGAUGGUUCCUGAUAUUAUUAGAAGCAUCUGUAAAGAUUUUUUGGACUCUAGGCAAUAAAGAAAAAAUCUGCUGUUCACUAUUACUACUUUGAAACUAAAAAUCAUGAAAUUGAAAUGGUCCCUCUAAUGUACAGAUGUUUUUACUCAUCUAUACUAUCAUAAUACAAAGGAAGAAGAAGGGCUACUUUUUGUUUCUGUAAUCAGUCAAGGAUUCUUGUGAGCUUGUUAGAAGUUGUACUUGAUACUGAAGUGCAAAAUUUGGCCAACAGCUAAUAUUUUCAAUAGGUACAUAGUAUCCCAAAGUUUAAAGCUAUGCAUAUCAUGCCCUUAAGGAUAGCAGACAUCCAGAGGAAAUCAUACAGCUCUGACUUUUUUCUGCCUCUUGCUAGAUAUCUUCUUACCAAAAAUAAUAUAAUUUUAAACACAAGGUACCAUCUUCUAUAAGCCUUCUGUAGCUUAUGAUUCUGCAUCUUUUCAAGGAGUUCUACUGGUAACAUGAAGUACUUUCAGUGCUCCAGUUGCAAAACAUCCAUUAUUGCCAGGCAGUUUAAGAAAAGAUAUAACAGAUUGUAGCUAAAACAGUCUAUUUUUACUACUUAGGGUUUUGCUAUUGUGAAUGAUACUGCCAUCUGGUUGGAAAAAUUUACACCAAAAGUCAUUUAACUUCUGUGCACAGAUUUCUGUGGAUCUAUUGGUUCUUUUGGCACAGAUUUUGAAAGGUAUUUAAGGCACAAUAGUUCUUUGAGAACCUGGAUCCUAAAAUAUUAGCUGUUACUACUGCUUCUUGCACCACUGAAGUCAACAGUGAUAUUCCAAAUAUAACUGACAACUGGAUAUUUCCUGUCUACUGCCAUGUACUGUCUUGAUUUAACAAAGUUGUUAUUGGCUAGACAGAUACAGGAAUCUUAGGCCAAGAGAUUAAAUUAGACCACACAAUGGGGACUGAAAGCAUUUAAAUUCAAAUCCAAAGGUAUCUUAAACCUUGAAACCUAACUGAUUUAUAUCAGAUUACAUGGUUAGAAGAGAGUAGGCAGACAUAUUAAGUGGGAUUUAGUAGUUCACAGAAUAACAACUUCAUAAGGAUAGCAAAAACAUCUUUUUGUGUGAGGUUUUCUGAAGAUGAAAGAAUAGUUUUCUUGAUAAAAGGCUUUCAUUUGAUUACAUACCUAGUAAUAUUGAUAUAUUUGUACACCCACAUGUGGUUAAAAUGAUGAGAUAUUCACAGAGUUAUCCCAGAUUCUUGGUGUGAAUAACAUACUUCAAGUAUUUAGAAAAUAAAGGGGGUUUGCAAGUAAAAUAUAUAGUAGAAAACAAAACAGCACUUUCCCUAUCAGUCUGGGGUUUCCCUUUUUUCCCAAUAUAGAUUGUAAAAUUUCUAGUAGUUACAGAGUGGCACAGAAGGGAUUGUAUUCAUCAGGCUUUUGCUAUGCAUUUUUUAAGAACAUAUAACUGACUAUAUAUUACUCUAAACAUAAAUGGCAAAGAUGCCUUGUAUUUUUCUAGUAAUUGUUAUCUUUAAUUUUGUUAUGUGCUUAUAGAUAAGAGUAUUCAGCUUUUGCUGUAUAAAUUCAUAUGCUGUAUCAACUUUGUGCUAAAGUUUCUUUCAUUUAGUUUAUAAACUUUUUAUAGAAAUACAUACUGCAAGAAAACUGGGA